GAUAUGUUCCAGCUUGGUUGAGAAUAUGGAUUAUAAUUUGCUUAAAGGAAAAGAAGGAUAUGAGCUUCUAACGGCUGUUGAAAACUUAGCAAAUAGUAAAAUUAAGGUAAUGGACAGACAUACAUCUAGCUCUACAGAUUCCAGUUGCUCCUUACGAAAAUCAAGAACAAGGUCUGUUGAUAUUGCUGUGAAACCAACUACAGGAGUUAAGCGGGCCCAUUCUGAAGACAACAAUUCUUUGAAAGCUAAAGUGCCGAGAGUUGACCAAGAUUCCAAAAAUAAAUUAAUUACAACAACAUCUUCAUCGACAUCUUCGUCAUCAAAAAGUGUGAACAAUAAAGAUGAGAGGAAACAUCGGCAUGAACACAAAAGUUCUAAAAAAUCAUCGCACAAUUCAAAAUAUAAACACUCAAGUCAUAGAAGUGAGCCUCGAGCAAGACUUCUUACCAAUGGCAACUAUAGUUACCCUCCUGAAGAUAAAACACUGAAGUACCGCAAAUACUACCACAUAGAAACCCAUACCAAUGGAGGUGCUAAGAUCCUCAGAAUGUAUCAAGAUGAAAUAAAACACCUUAGUCCCACUGAGUCUAAAGAGUUAGCAAAUGAGUUCUUCAAACUAGCAUUCCAAGAAGACAAAGAUGGCUGGGCAACAUUUGUAGUUGCAGUUGUUCAUGGUGGUGCGACUUAUCUUCCAGAUAUUUUGACCUACAUGGCAGAGAACUACCCCUCCCUUACUGUCAAGAAUGGAUUGUUAAGCAAGAGUUCCGAUAUUGAAACAACAACGCUGGCAAAUUAUCAUGAAAAUGUUUGCAAACACUAUGAAGCUGGCACUGUUCGAUAUGGACCACUUCAUCAGAUUAGUAUUGUUGGUACUGCGCAUGAAGAAGUUGGUGGAUAUUUUCCAGAUUUGUUAUUAAUGUUGGAAGAUAACGAAUUUCUCAACUUGACAAUGCCUUGGGGAGCUCUAUCCAUUUGUGAUCAAAUGAGACCUACAGAAAGUAACGAUGGACCUAUUAUUUGGUGUAGACCAGGAGAACAGCUUGUACCCACAGCAGAUUCGAAGUCGCCUAAUAAGAGAAAAAGAACUGCCAUUAACGAGUUGAGAAAUCUUCAGUACUUGCCAAGAAUGUCAGAAGCCAGGGAACAUCUAUUUGAAGACAGGACGAAAGCUCAUGCCGAUCAUGUUGGUGCCGGAUUAGACAGAAAAACCACAGCUGCUGUUGGAAUUCUAAAAGCUAUUCAUGGUGGAAAACAAGAAGGGCCUAUUAAUAGGGUUACAAAAGAUGUAGUUGCCUUCUCAGCUAAAUAUUUUGACAUUUUAUCUGAAAAGUUACAACUUGAUCUCCAUGAACCACCAAUAUCACAAUGUGUUACUUGGAUAGAAGAUGCAAAGCUAAAUCAGUUACGAAGGGAUGGUAUAGAAUAUGCUAGAGUCAACUUAUAUGAUAACGAUAUUUAUUUUUUGCCGAGAAACAUUAUUCAUCAAUUCCGUACUGUAACAGCUGUAACCAGUAUAGCUUGGCAUGUCCGAUUGAAGCAAUACUACAACCUGGAAGAUGUUAAAGGUACUGUCAGGUAUAUUAGUCAACUACCCAAUAAAAAUGUUUCGCCAACAAAACCAGAAAAAUCGCCACUUAAAUCGUCUAAUCACCCAGAUGAAGACAAGCCACCUAUAAAAAUGAAGCUGAAGUUAGAUCUUAACAAAUACGUUCCUGCUGAAAAAAUCCGGAAUCAUGACGAAAAAGAUAAGGAGAGAGACAAAGAGAAGAAACAUAAACACAAAGAUCAUGAUAGAGAAAAAUCAAAACAUAAGGAUAAACACAGGGAUAAACACAAAGAAAAACAUAGAGAUAAAGAAAGACAUAAACAUGAUAAAGAGAGAAAGCAUAAUCACAGUUCCCACAGGGACAAGGAGCAUAAACACGGUGAUAAAGAGAGAAAGCACUCGCAUGUCUCCAAACAAGAACGAUUACAAGAUCCAAUCCACAAUAACCAUAACCAUGUAACUACAGAAAACAGUGGUAACAGUACCAAGCCUAGUAUAAGCAGUAACCUUAAUUACAAAAUAAGUCCAAAUGAGUCAAAUAAUAUUUUAUCAAAUUCUGAUUUACAGGCAACACCACCAAAAAGAGUUAUGAUGGAAUCUACGAAGCUCGUAAUGCAGUCACCCACAAAAAUUGUUGUGGAGUCUGCAUCCAAAAUUUUCACUGAGUCUCCGAUAAAAAUUCUAGAACCCCCGACAAAGAGCGCUGCUGAUUCGACAAGUAAUUCCCCUGUGAAGCUCGUUGAGUCACCUGUAAAAAAACACAAACCAUUUAAGAUUAAGAUUAAAAACCGUCAGUCGACCGAUGUUCUUGGUGAUAUUUUAUUAGAAAUGAAUAAGUGUGAUCCACCAUUUUAAUAUUAAGCUACAGGUCGAUCAAAAAGUGAGUCCAGAACGUCUAAGAACUUCUCGAUGGCACUUUUUGUUCGAGCUGUAGAAGCUUUGAAUACUUUUUGUCCACAUUUAAUGUCUCCAAAAAUUUCAACCCUUUUUCAAUGGUGAAUCCGUUUUCAAAUAUCAUCAUGUAGAUAUGUACAAUUUUUGAGAUAGACCUACCUCAGCAUUCUAUUCUCAUUUAUAUCCCAAUGUUGUAACUACAUCCAUCUCCACAAAGGAGAAUAAAAUCGCGUUGCAAUUUCGAGGUUUGAAUACACUUUCGGGUAUUUUGAUACAAAAGUAUCUUAUGCACACUGUAUCUUGUGUACUAUGGUUUGUUACACUUUGUUUUGCCUGUUGAGAUGUGACAAUCAAAUAACUUUGCUGUAAUUGUUAUCUAUUAACAGCGAGCUAACCAGCGCUGCGACGGAUCUGAACAUGUCUGUGUCUGUUGAUGAUUCUUCGACCUUGAGCUCGAUAGGCCCGGUUGUACGUCUCACACUCUUGCUGUAGCAAUCGCCUGUUGUAAGACCUUGCUCUGGUCUCGACGAAAAAAGGUGAUCGGUGGAGCAAUGAGUUAAUCUCAACUGUCUUGUGAAAUAUUAUAGACCGCAACAUAAGCUCAUAUCAUGUUAAAGUAGGUAAGUGACGGCGGACAGUCAAUCAGCAUUAUUGCGUUAAGGUUCUGACUAGUCUUCGCGGAUGAGUCAGAAGACGAAGGCCAGAUUUGUGGAAUCUUGUUUGUGAAUAUGUUAUUUGCGAAAUACGGCAUCGCGGUGUUCGGCAUCCACCGUAUUCGCCAGAGCUGUCCCCUGUAUUUUUUUAAAUCCUAAGGUAAAAUCGGAACUUAGAGGACUAGAUUUGACAAUGCAUUGGAAGGGAAAAACUUUUUACCAUGGUAGGUGAUCAAUAAAACAUUUUGAAGCAUCAGUACCCAUAUUUGAUUGCCACAUCUCGUAUCAUUCCUAGUUUUAUGGUUUUAAUGGCGCUAAUUGCUAUCUUUUAUAUUUUUUUAACUUAAUCAUUUCUAAGAAAGAAUAUUUUUUAUUCAGUCAUCUUUGAUAAAUAAUUUUGGGGAUCACAUAUUUAGGAAUUCUACGGUAAAUUAGGUUCUUUAGUUGUUUCCUUUCACUAUUUUAUCCACGCUGUUAAUUGCGUUUGCAUAAAACGAGACUCUUUGUAACGGCAGUUUUCGUCUUUAGUAUUUAUUAUAAGUAUUUGGUUACGGCAUAGAUUCCGGCGAUACAAAGUCAAUCUGUAUUGCCUCACAUCACAUCAUAUUUUUAUAUUGUGUUGUUUUCAUUCGCGUGGUCUUCAUUGAACUGUUAAUGACACUAUUUCCAAUCCUUCAGUUGAAGUCGCCGUUAUGAAUAAAUGGCAGACCAAAUACGUUACGAUUAAGUCAGUGUACCAAACUUGAGAUGUGACAACAAAAAUAGACCAGUAUAAAAUGCUGAAGAGAGUCUAAACAAAUCUUGAUUUAAACUGAAUAUAAAUAUAUCUCCUUUCGCCAAUUACUCUAAAAAUAUAAAGCACGUCCAAAGUCUCCCCCACCCCCCACUACUAAUUGUUUUCUGAAAAAAAACAAAUUAAUAAUGUUUUGUAUAACUGAACUAAGGCACUUACAUUGUUUUUGUUUUGGUGUCAUAACUAUUUAAAAUAGCGGACGGAUGCCAUUUUAUAAAAUUAUUUCAAAUGUGAUCAUAUCGCAAGUAAUACUUUUUGGAAAACUCUUGUUUCUGUUAUAGCUCUAAUAAUUUGGUAGUUUUUAAAUUUUAUUGAAAAUGCUCGAAUAAAUCAGUUUAUUUUUCCAGUUUGCCACAUUUUGUAAAGAUAAUUUUCAUAAAAACCGCCAUUUUAAAACGGUGCAAUAUAAUCACAUAAAAAUCUAGAAAUAUGUGCACUAGCGCAAGAGCUUUCAAAUUAAUCAUACACCUGAUUAUUUAAGAAAAAAAAUGUCUAUGACGUUAUAAUAUUGGCGAAUGUCAAUGAAAAACAAAUGAAUUAUAUUAGAAUGUGAGAUAUUGGAAAAAUAAAUAAAUAAAUCUGUUUUCCAACCUAAAGACUACUAAGAGCUUUGAUUAAAACCAACCGCUACUGGAGGACUUUUGGUCAAUCCGACACAAAUCCUUACUUCGAUUACGCUUUCUUGCGUAGGAACUAUGUCAUAUGCCUUCUCAAGAUCUAUAAAUAUCAAAUGUAGCUUUUCGUUUCUUGUAAUCUUUUUUAAUUUAUCUUUUCUUUUCGUCGUAUUCCUCAAAAUAUCAAAAUUGUCUCAAAGCAAACAAGGUGUCCGCUGUCUUCCUUCCUGUCACAAACCCAAACUGUUUUAUCAAUGGCUCUCCUUAUCCUUCGCUCUAAAGUUCUCUUCCAAAUUUUAAAUGUUUGCGACAUUAACUUUAUCCCUCUUCUUACAGUUCUGAAUCUCCCCUUUAUCUUCAUAUCUCCAUGAAUUGGGCAUCUUUUCUUUCUCAUAUAUCUUACCCAUUAUUAGCCACAAAACAUCAACCCCUUCCUCUCCUAGAGACCUUACAAACAUCCACAAUUUCAUCAGUUCCUACUGAUUUUCGUUUGGGGUCCGGAAUCCUCUGUCUCUCGUGAGUUAAGUCUUUUGAUGACCUAUCCCUUGCUUUAGCACUGCUAUAUAACAUUGUCAUUCUCUCGGGUGUUUCCAACUCUUCAUACAGCUGUACACACGAUCUUUCCUUGACAGACAGCGCGCUUGGCCUCACUCUUUGCUACCUUACCUUCCUCUCUUUAGACCUGUUAUUAUUUGGAAUAUGGUCCUAUUUAUAAUUUCACAAAAUGGCGCCUGUGUGCGAUUUUAAAUGACAACGUCAUCUAAGACAUAAAAAUAAUGUGUGUCUAUUCAGGUACAAAAAUUUAUUUAGUUUUAUGGUUCAACAAUAGUUGCGCAUCAAAAGUAAGAACAUCAACAACUGGAUCAAGUUCAUUGCAAAUAUUCAAACUUUCAGUAAUGGCAGGUUAUUCUUAUUCGGUUUAAAUGAGAUUCUUAAAGUCUCUUAUAGGUAGAGAUAAUAGAAAUACAAAAUAAACAGGGUAUCCAAAACUGUUUAGUUACAACAAAAAGCAGUUUUAAUUUAUUUUUAAUUAUUUAGUUGUGGGAAAUUAUAAUAAUAUUAAUUAUUGUUUAUAAUAUUUUCUGAUUGAUUUAAUUGUGGUUUUGAAAAUUGUAAAAUUUGAAUCCUAGAAGCCCAAUUGUUAUUGCAAAAUUGGGUCGUUCCCCUAAGUUUAACAGUUUUUAUUUAUUAA